AUGUUUCUCUCUGGAUUAGCAACUUUUGUGUUUGUUUCUGUGUUAUCAGCUUGCUUGCUUCUCUUUCCAGCCAGUGGAAUUAGAUCUUUUGCCACAGAAAAUGGUUAUCAAACUGAGGUUGAAGUUGGUUCCUUUGUGAAAUUCAGAGAGGCCCCAGAAUACAGAAACCAGCAAAAGUGUACCCUGGUUGAUACAAGCAAUGUGCCAAUGGCAUCAUGUGACCCUUCACUUGUGCAUAUUGCAGUGACCAUUGAUUGGCACUACUUGAGAGGAUCUAUUGCUGCUGUGCACUCUGUUGUGAAACACACUUCCUGCCCUCAGAAUCUGUUCUUUCACUUCAUUGCAUCAGAUGCAAGAUUGGAGAGCAGGGAUGAGUUUGAAAGGAUUGUUCACACCUCCUUUCCUUCCUUGAGAUUUAAAGUUCAUGUGUUUGAACAAAGUCUAGUUGGCAAUCUCAUAUCUCCCUCAAUUAGGCAAGCACUUGACGACCCUCUUAACUAUGCAAGAAGUUACCUGGCUGAUUUGCUUGAUCCCUGCAUUGAGAGGGUUAUAUACUUGGACUCUGAUGUUAUAGUUGUUGAUGAUGUUCAAGAGCUUUGGAAGGUUUCAUUGACCGCGUCAAGAGUCAUUGGCGCUCCUGAAUAUUGCCAUGCAAACUUCACCAGAUACUUCUCCUAUGAGUUUUGGUCUAGUGCUGAGUUUUCUGCGGUAUUUCAAGGGAAAAGGCCUUGUUACUUCAACACUGGGGUGAUGGUGAUGGACUUGGUGAGGUGGAGAGAGGGUGACUACACAAGGAAGAUUGAAAAGUGGAUGGAGAUUCAAAAGGAGAGAAGGAUCUAUAAGUUAGGGUCACUCCCUCCUUUUUUGUUGGCUUUUGGUGGUGAUGUUGAGGCUAUUGAGCACAGAUGGAACCAACAUGGUCUAGGAGGGGAUAAUGUUAGAAAUAGCUGUAGGACUUUGCAUCCUGGUCCAGUGAGUUUGCUACAUUGGAGUGGUAAAGGGAAACCAUGGACAAGGCUUGAUGCUAAGAAGCCUUGCUCAGUGGACUUUCUUUGGGCACCUUAUGAUCUCUAUAUACCCCCUCACCAUCACAGAAUUGCUACUGGCAUAAUACAUUCAUCAUUUUAG